AAAAGAUCAAUCGCCAGGAUGGAGAUCACUCAAGAGGACGCAUGGACCGUUAUCAGUGCGUAUUUCGCGGAAAAGGGGCUUGUUAGGCAACAACUAGACUCUUUCGAUGAGUUCAUUCAAAAUACGAUGCAAGAACUCGUGGACGACAGCGGUGAGCUGGUCGUCAAGCCGGAAGCGCAGUACGCACCAGGCCAACUAGCUGCCACACCAAGCACAUAUUUUGUUCUGUUCAACCAAGUCUAUGUUUCAAAGCCAACUGCCACCGAAAAAGAUGGUACGACAAGUAACAUGUUUCCACACGAAGCCCGCCUACGCAAUAUGACUUAUGCGUCGCCGAUGUAUGUUGACAUAAGCUGUGUCGAGCAAAAACAAGCAUCUCCGUUACGCCAAGGUUGUGCUGCUGAGCUUGAGAUUCAUGGUGAUUGGUAUCCAUGCGUGAUUACUAAGCUAAGUGAUGGAUAUGCCACCGUCACCUAUGAAGUUGUUGGACCGAUCCACAGCGGUGACGAUCAGAUACAAGUCGUCGAAGAGCAUCAUGUCGAUGUGUCAGCAAGGGUGCGACUUAUCAACGGGGGUUCCAGUACGCAUAGAAUUGACUCGCCGAAGGAGUUUCUUGGUUAUGUCCCAAUUAUGUUACGUAGCCGAUUUUGUGUGCUAGCCGAUAAAUCAGACAAAGAGCUCUGUGAGCUUGGUGAGUGCAUAUACGAUCAAGGAGGAUAUUUUGUAAUCAAUGGUUCGGAGAAAGUUGUUGUUGCACAAGAACGCAUGUCUAAUAACCAUGUGUACUGCUUUCGGAAGAAGCAACCGCACAAGUACUCCUGGGUUGUCGAGUGCCGAUCCCACGUGGAACACGGCGCUCGUCCGACGAGCACCAUCUACAUGCAAAUGUACAAUAAGGCAGGUCGCGGUCAGUCACAGGGAAACCAGAUUCGCGUGACUUUGCCCUACGUUCGGGUGGAUGUGCCGGUGAUUGUUGUUUUCCGUGCCUUGGGUUUUGUAGCAGACCGUGAUAUUCUCGAACAUGUAGUCUACGACUUUUCUGACACUGAAAUGAUGGAACGACUACGACCAUCUUUGGACGAGGCCUUUGUAAUUCAAAAUCAAACUAUUGCUCUUGAUUUCAUCGGACGUCGUGGAAGUGCCACAAACAUUGGACGUUCAAAGCGUGUUCAGUAUGCAAAAGAGUUGCUGCAAAAAGAGGUUCUACCGCACGUUGGCACGGAAGAACAAUCAGACACAAAGAAGGCCUUUUUCGUUGGCUAUAUAGUUCACAAACUGCUGAUGUGCUCACUUGAACGCAUUGACGAAGAUGAUCGGGAUCAUUAUGGCAAGAAACGUCUUGAUCUGGCUGGACCACUGCUCGGUGGCCUAUUUCGAAUGUUAUUUCGGAAGCUCACCAAGGAUGUUCUCGCAUAUCUACAGAAAUGUAUCGACGACGGUCGUGAUUUUAAUCUCGCGUCUGCGAUCAAGUCACGUGUUGUCACCGAUGGGCUCAGAUACUCUCUGGCCACCGGCAAUUGGGGUGAUAGGAAAGAUGCUUCACGUGCUGGUGUGUCACAAGUGCUAAACAGACUAACGUAUGCAUCAACUCUCUCCCAUUUGAGGCGCCUAAACACUCCGCUGGGACGAGAAGGCAAACAAGCUAAGCCGCGACAGCUCCAUAAUACUCAUUGGGGGUUCAUUUGUCCUGCCGAAACUCCAGAAGGUCAGGCUGUCGGUCUUGUUAAAAAUUUGGCUUUGAUGUCUUACGUCUCUGUUGGCAGCCCCCAAAGCCCGAUUCUCGAAUUUCUCGAGGAGUGGUCAAUGGAGAAUCUCGAGGAGAUUUCGCCGCAAACUAUUGCUGAUCCAGGUACAACGAAAAUUUUCGUAAAUGGGAGCUGGGUCGGUGUUCAUCGUGACCCAUCAACCUUAGAGUCGACCUUGAGAUCCCUUCGAAGGCAAAUCGAUAUUGAUCCUGAGGUUUCAGUUGUUAGGGAUAUCAAAGAAAAAGAGCUUCGUGUCUACACGGAUGCGGGGCGGGUGUGUCGCCCGCUCUUGAUAGUGGAAGCGGCAAGUACGGUCACGCGUGUGCGUUCACAAGAGGCUACUUUCCAAGAGUUAAGAUUGCGUAAGUCGCACGUCCAGAAGCUUGUAAACGGCGAUCUCGGUUGGACACAGCUUCUCGUGAAGGGUCUUGUUGAAUUGAUUGAUACUGAGGAAGAAGAAACUGCUAUGAUUGCCAUGAUCCCAUCUGAUUUAAAUGAGCCUUACUCUUCGACAUAUACUCACUGUGAAAUACAUCCAUCAAUGAUCUUGGGUAUAUGUGGUUCGAUCAUUCCUUUCCCAGAUCAUAAUCAGUCCCCGCGAAACACGUAUCAGUCUGCGAUGGGCAAACAGGCGAUGGGUAUUUAUGCGUCAAAUUUCCAGCAGCGCAUGGACACUCUCUCACACGUUCUACACUACCCACAGAAGCCGCUUGCAACUACUCGAGCAAUGGAGCAUCUCCACUUCCGGGAACUUCCAAGUGGCGUGAAUGCCAUCGUCGCUAUCAUGUGUUAUACAGGAUAUAAUCAGGAAGACUCGCUAAUCAUGAACCAGGCGGCGAUCGACCGCGGCCUUUUUCGCUCCACUUUUUAUCGGACUUACUCUGACAAGGAACACAACAAAGGAAUUUGGGACUCUCCUGAAUAUCUUCAAGAGACUUUCGAGCGACCAAAUAGGGACGAAUGCACUGCAAUGCGCCAUGGUUCAUAUGAAAAAAUUGAUAGUGAUGGUCUCGUCUCCCCCGGAGUUCGCGUGUCUGGAUCAGAUAUCCUUGUGGGUAAAACUUCGCCCUCAUGGCAUUCCGGACUGAAAGCUGAACGGAGUGGUCCCUCCAAGCGUGAUUCAUCGACCACAAUGCGCCCCAAUGAAUCUGGCCUGGUCGAUCAGGUCAUGCUUUCAACAAAUCAAGAUGGAAUGAAAUUCACCAAAGUGCGAACGCGAACAAUUCGAAUUCCUCAGAUUGGCGACAAAUUUGCCUCAAGGCAUGGGCAAAAAGGCACUAUAGGAAUGACUUAUGCGCAGGAGGAUAUGCCUUGGACUCGUGAUGGUGUAUCACCCGACAUCAUUGUCAAUCCUCAUGCAAUCCCCUCACGCAUGACCAUCGGCCACUUGGUCGAGUGUUUGCAGUCCAAAGUAGGCGCGCUUACAGGCAAGGAAGGUGACGCCACACCAUUCACUGACGUUUCCGUCGAUCAGAUAGCCGGGGUCUUGCACGAGUUAGGCUACCACCGGCAUGGAAAUGAAGUCAUGUACUCGGGCCACACAGGACGAAUUAUUCACGCGAAGGUAUUUCUCGGCCCGACGUUCUACCAGCGCUUGAAACAUCUUGUUGACGAUAAAAUACAUGCCCGUUCGCGUGGUCCUGUCACAAUGCUCACACGUCAGCCCAUGGAAGGCCGGGCACGAGACGGAGGUCUGCGCAUGGGUGAGAUGGAACGCGACUGCCUCAUUUCCCAUGGUGUCUCUAGUUUCUUGCGCGAUCGCAUGUUUGCAAACUCGGAUCCCUAUUCUAUACACGUUUGUACACUGUGUGGGCUCAUCGCGCACGCAGAUCUGCGCAAGCGUGCUUUCUGGUGUAAUAAUAAAGACUGUCAACAUGCCAAUUCAAGCAUUGUGCGCGUGCAUAUUCCAUAUGCGUGCAAGCUUCUUUUUCAGGAACUGAUGGCCAUGUGUAUUGCGCCCCGGAUUCAGGUGUGAGUGCACCUGGACCGAAAAUCAAAGCCCGGUCUCUGUUUGCACCUUUUGAAGUCCUCCGUGGUUGCCAGUUUACUCCGACAAAUCUGAUAUUUUGAAGACCAUACCAGACCCUGCGACCAGACCCCGCGACCGAUACGAAGCUUUCUGCGCAAUUCGCAGUUCUUCGUCCGUAGUCGGCCCCGGGACAACUACUGCGCUAGGCCUAUCUGGAAGAGCCUUGCAGAGAAGCCUCGGUGGGGGGCUCGACACCACAGCAGGGUGCACAGUUGGGCCAAAGUGCGGAGAAGGAGCAGGAUGUUGGCAAUUAAACCGAUCUCGGCGGGGUUAGCGGGCCGGGUCGAGGGUGCCUUGGCCAGGACAAUGGCGCACUUGCGCGGCGCGUGACAGCGCUCGGCGACGUGCGCCCGGCCUCGACGGGUCGCCCACGGACCCAAACGGACCCAGAGAGGCGCCCCGCGGCUAUAGCCGGCAGGGUGAUUUUAGGGUACAUUGCCGAGGCGCCACGGCGCGGCCAGGGCGUGCGGCCCGUUGGGGUUUACUGAGAAGCUUUUACCGGUCCAGGGGCGAGUUCUUCGGGUUUGACUUUGUCAGGGGAGUGACGGAAGAUGAAUUUCGACGGGGAAAUUGACCAAGGUGACUUGCCUAGCUUAGCUCCAAGUAGGGGGCUAGGACGGUCCUUAUAGAGCCAUAACCGCG